CUUAUGGCGGUGCACCCACUACCCCAUUGGGAAGUUCCGCUCUGUCGCAUCUGGGAAUAAUUCCGCUCCCUCGCUCCGAUAAACAAUAAUGCACGGCAGGUCCAAUCCAUAAUCCUCUAUAACUCGGAUUAUUUAUAUAUUUAUACUUAUCAGAUAACGGCUCUAUACUCCCGUAAGUGACUCAGAAACCAUCACUGUCUUUUUUUACAAGAAAUUCUGACUACUAUACGAUGAGUCUGCCUCAAAACAUAAGUACUACUAACUCAAGACGAAGAUCAAUAGCUUUACUUACUAGAUCUCCAUUAUCGUCAUCUCCUAUAGUUUCUGGAUCACCACUCCGGGGGAAUUCCGCUAAUAAUUCAUUUGUAGCCAAUGGUCCAUUUUUAAGACCAGAAUCUCGACUUAGUGUGAAUGAAUUAGAAGAAGCAAUCGAUAGUCUGAGUUCUCAUGAAUCAACUGAAUCAGGAGCUAUUAAUAUCCCUAAUCAAAGAUUAGAAACUACUGAUUUCUCAGUAGGAAUAGAUGAUCCUAAACUUCUCCAACAAGUAGCCAAACAUAUUCCUCAAGAUGCUUCCUUAAAGACUGAAGGGGCUGAUAUUACGAGAGAUUUAUAUAAAUUAAGUCAUGAAAAUCCUAGGAAACCUAGAAGAUCUCGUAGUUUUGAUUCAGUAGAUUGGAUAACUGAAAGAAGAGGUAGUGGGGCCAGUUCUCUAAAUGUGCCAGGAGGAUUUAGAAGAGAUUUUCUUAAUCAAAAAUUCAAUAAGGAAGAAAUUAGAACCAUCCAUCCUAAUUAUCUUACGAGAAAUUUUGUUGAAUUUCUUAGUAUUUAUGGACAUUUUGCUGGUGAAGAAUUAGAAGAUGAAGAGGAUAUUGCAUGUCACUAUAAGAUCCCAGAGUAUACUGGUGAAAGAACUCCAUUAUUAGGUGAAAUAGGUUCAACUCGUCAAGAUAUUAAUCCUAAGGGGACUGCAACCGAUAGUAAAGCAUACUUUUUACUUCUUAAAGCAUUUGUUGGUACAGGAGUAUUAUUCUUACCUAAGGCCUUUUCCAAUGGAGGAUUAUUAUUUUCAAUACUAACUUUAAUUUUCUUUGGAGUCUUAUCUUUAUGGUGCUAUUUAAUAUUGAUUUAUAGUAAAAAUGCAUCCAAAGUAUCAGGAUUUGGAGAACUUGGAUCGAAACUUUAUGGUAAUUGGAUGCAAAGGUUAAUCUUAUCAUCCAUUGUAAUAUCCCAAAUUGGAUUUGUAGCAGCAUAUCUUGUAUUUACAGCUGAGAAUUUAAGAGCUUUCAUUAGUAAUAUUACAGGUUAUGCCUUAUCAGAUUUUGAAAUUGUUUGGUUUAUUAUAUUUCAAGUUAUUAUUCUUGUUCCAUUAUCAUUAAUUAGAGAUAUAACUAAAUUAUCUUUACUGGCAGUAUUAGCUAAUUUAUUCAUAUUACUUGGAUUAGUAACUAUCUUAUAUUAUAUUUUUCAUGAACUUAUCAUUGAAAAUAAAGGUACUUUGGGUCCUAAUAUUGAAUACUUUUUCAAUCAAAAUGAUUUCUCCUUAUUUAUAGGAGUUGCUAUAUUUGCAUUUGAAGGUAUUGGAUUAAUUAUCCCUAUUCAAGAAUCAAUGAUAUAUCCUAAUAAUUUCCCUAAAGUAUUAUGUCAAGUUCUUAUAACUAUUUCAUUCAUAUUUAUUAUCAUUGGUAGUUUGGGUUAUAUAACUUUUGGUGAUCAAAUUCAAACAGUAAUUAUCUUAAAUUUACCUCAAAAGUCUCCAUUUGUUAUAAUGAUUCAAUUAUUAUACUCAUUUGCUAUUUUAUUAUCUACUCCUUUACAAUUAUUCCCUGCUAUUAGAUUAUUAGAAUCUAAAUUAUUUUUCAGAAAGACCGGUAAGAAUUCCCUUCAAGUUAAAUGGUUAAAGAAUCUCUUUAGAUUCUUAUUUGUAUUAUUUGUAGCAUACAUUGCCAUUAUAGGAGGUCAGAAUUUAGAUAAAUUUGUAUCAUUUGUAGGAUGUUUUGCUUGUAUACCUUUGGUAUAUAUGUAUCCUCCAAUGUUACAUUUAAAGAGUUGUUGUACAAUUCAUGAUGGGUUAAGUGAUUGGGAAAGGAAUAAGAGAUAUUUAUUAGGAGGUUUGGAUUAUGUAUUGGUACUCAUUGGAGCUGUAGCCAUGAGCUACACCACGUAUCAAAUCUUGGCUAGUUGAGCAUUAUAGAUUGAA